GCGGGAGGGCCCGGACGUGUCUCAGUCCUGCCUGCAUGCGUGAAGAUAUCCACAGUAGUGUAGUAAACAGUGCCCUGCACACCUCAGCGAGUGACACGCCCACACACCCGUGGCCACGGAUGGAAUGCUCCAGCACAGCACAGCACAGCACGCACGCAUCUUCGCGAAGGCUCCACCACACCACGAGGAACAAUCCCCGUGCCUCCCCAAAUCCCCCCCUCAUCCUCGAGUACGAACCCCCGCAAGCCCAUCCCUGCCGAGCCCAAGCGCCCGCCCAGCCACAGAACCGCGUCUCGACCGUGUUGUCCUCUCUCUCUCCAACGAAACGAAACGAAACAAACAAACCGCAAACCGCACCCGCGCGCCGCCACCCACGCAUCCGCCGCCGCCGCCAAGGCGCCGCCUCCCCCAACGGCCCCAAUCCUCUGGCACCACCGCACCGCGGAAAAACGCGGCUAACAACCCAAAUCCCCACGACGACCGCAAAAAAACGAAAAAAAGUAUGUAGCCACUGCUACAGUAGCAGCGGAAAUGCGGGCGUCGGUGGAUACCUACCUACCCUACUCUACCGAACCUACCCUACCGCCGGGUCUCCAGUCCGACUGCCGGGCUAACUAACUACUCUAGCUACAUAGCUAGCUCGCACCACUCGCGAGCAGGAUGCGACCCGGGCAGCCUCGGUCUUCUCUCCCCUCCUCUCGCUCAAUCUCUCGUCUCCUCCCUCUCAGACCCCUAUGUAACUUCUGCUCGCCUACUCUACCCGCCGCCGCCGCACCGGCCCGCGCGCGCCAUCCACUCUACUCUACUCUAGCCUCCUCGCGCCUCGCGGUGGCCGGGCUGGGCUCUGCCGGUGCUGCCACUUUCGCCCAGAUUGAGGAGGACUGGAGGAGCAAGC